AGUGUGCCACUACUACAGAAAAAUCCUGGGAGAGGAUGCUGUACAGCAGUAAGCGCCUUCUCUCCAGCCAUCAGGGAGACUGCAGGGGGCAGAGAGGAGACACAAAAGAUGAUUCAAGAAAGGAAUUCCAAAACUAUAUGAAGAAAUAGAAAAUCUACUUCUACUUUCAUUGGAAACAGAUGCAGACAGACCUGUGAGGAGCAAAACUGCUGCAAGCUCAGGAAAGGAUACUGUACAGGCUGUUUGGAUACAUAUUUAUCAAAAGGAAAAAAAUAAACAGCCACAAGUGAUGUGUGUCCUCCAUACAAUAAAAUGCCUGGAUAAGUCCAAAAAGUACAUCUCUGUAAUACACUAUGGGGAUAUCUCUAAAUCCAUCAAAAUAUAGAAUCCCCACUGACAUCUGAAGGGGGAUUACUGUACUUAACCUGUGCUUUCCUGGUUCACAUGUGAGGACUGGCUACUGUACCUGUACGCUGCACUACAGUCUUCUCCAUCGCAGAGGAAUCCUGCAACUGUCAGGCACCAGGGUAAUGCUGCAUUAAAAUAAUCAUUAAGGAUGAAACCAAGAGGCAGAAGUGAUUCAUGUCUACCUGGCUACCUUAUCCUCCUCUGGCUCUCUGUCCUAUCUGACAGCGGCAUGGCGUGUCCCAAACCCUGUGCCUGCUACGUCCAGACAGAAGUCCACUGCACUUUUAGGUACCUCAACGUCAUCCCUAAACAGAUCCAAGCAGAUGUGGAACGCAUUAAUUUAGGGUACAACAGCCUAAGCAGUCUGACAGAGAGCGACUUCUCUGGCCUGCGGAAGCUAGAGCUGCUGAUGUUACAUAGCAAUGAGAUCCAGACAAUCCAUGAAAGUGCCUUCCAGGACUUAUCUUCAUUGCAGGUACUGAAAAUGAGCUACAAUAAAAUGAAAACUCUCCACAAGAACACAUUCAGUGGUCUAAAGAACAUGGUCAGGCUGCACAUGGAUCACAACAAACUGGAAUUCCUGGCUCCAGAAUCCUUCUACGGACUCACAUCUCUGAAACUGGUGCACUUAGAAGGAAACGCAAUACGGCAGCUGCACGCCGACACUUUUGUUACUCUGCGUUACAUACAGAUAUUUAAGACAUCAUCCAUAAAACACAUCUAUCUGUCUGACAACCAGUUAUCAUUCCUGCCUAAAGAAAUGUUCUUCUACUUGAAUGAAUUGGAAGGGCUUUACCUGUAUGGGAACUUCUGGUCCUGCGACUGUAACCUGCAGUGGCUCACAGAACUGGGGCAGAAAUCUAAAGACUUAAUCAAAUGCAAAAGAGAUCGUUCAGGACAACAAUGCCCACUUUGCUCAAGCCCGGAAAGGAAUAAAGGAAAGUCACUAGAUGAAAUAUCAUCUCAAGAUCUUGCUUGUGUGAAGCCAACAAUAGACAACAUCUUCAAGGUAAAAAAUGUGAGCAUUCCAGAGGAAAGCAGCUUCACUGCUGUAUCAGCCAAAGACUUUGUGACACCAGUGGGAUCUCUCAUCCUAAAUAUGACAGACCAGUCUGGGAAUGAAGCCAACUUGGAAUGUAGUGUCCAGAGACCAACCAAAUUGUCACAGAUCAUGCUAGAUAUAAAGGAAGAAUACACAAUAAUGAGAACUACAUUUUCCUCCUUUCUAAUAUGUAACAUAGAUUAUGAUUAUAUUCAGAAGUUAUGGGGCAUAUUAGCGAUGUACAGUGAUUCCCCAAUGAAACUCAAGCGAGACCUCUUGCUUACAAAGACACCGUUCAUCAGUUACAAAUACAAGCAAGUGGGUUCUGGCGAUGACACAUUCACUGACAUUGAAGCAGAACUUAGAGCGGAACCAAACUGGCUGAUGCAGGACUUGGUGACAUUACAACUGGACAGGACAGCUACAACCCUCAGCACACUACAUAUCCGUUACUUGACAGAUAUCUUUGUCACAAUUCCAAAAUUUGUUGAAAAUCCUACUCAAAACAACUGGGUUAUGAUUCUCAAGAGCAACAGUACACAGACAGAGUAUACUGCAACUAUUGGAGGAACUGUGGCGAUGGACUGUCAAGUUGUGGGUGAACCAGUACCAAACAUUGAAUGGCUUCUUCCUGAUGGAAGUAAGAUUAGUGCUCCAUAUAUGAGCAAAGAGGGAAGGAUAACAAUUAAAGAAAAUGGAAAGUUUGUUUUAAAAGCAGCUGAUAGUUAUGAUAGUGGAGUUUAUCAUUGUAUUGCUACAAAUAAUGUGGAUGCAGAUGUGCUUACAUUUAGAAUAACUGUGGUAAGUACUGAUGUAGAGGAAGUAAAUCUUAAUGGAGCUGAACUUUCGGUUAAUAGUGGAGAUGUGCUCUAUCUCCCAUGCGGUUCAAAAGGAGUUCCUGAUGCAUCUGUGAGCUGGAUACUACCAGAUCACUCUGUGCUACAUGAGACAUCAAGGAACAAAUUCAUUUUCUCCAAUGGAACAUUAAAAAUUCAAAACAUAGCUCAGAGAGAGCAAGGACAUUUCAGAUGCUUAGCAGCUAAUCAUUAUGGCCUGGACAUGCUGACACACAAAGUAUUGGUGAAAGAUAGAAAAAUAACCAUCCUUAAUAAAAAAAUACAGCAAGAUCAAAUGGAGGAUAGAAAUUAUGAAGGAUCAGGCAAUGAAGACAUAAAAGAACGCAACCGCUCUGUGACUGGAAAAGCCAUUGCACAUAAAAGACUUCCACUUAUACACAAGGCCACCAAACCUGGUGGUCAGGAAAAUGUAAACACAGGAGUUCUAAGAAGAAAUAGAAUAAACCAGCGACUAAGGGGACAUCGGAGGCAGUUUUCUAAAAGCACAAGAAUUGAUCCCCAACGCUGGACAGAGAUCUUGCAAAAAACAAAACAGAACUCAAUUAACAAUAUCAUAUCAACCCAAGGCACUAAAAGUUCAGCCAAGGAAGAAAGUGAAGUAGAAAGGGUCUCUGGAGAGGUAGAAGAACCAUCUGGUGAAGAGCUACUUCCAGUGGAUGAAAAUUUCUUAAUAAUAUCCGAAAAAUAUUCAUCUGUAACAAAGUUACAUACAAUACCUACAGUGCCUGCAGUCACUGUCUCGAAUACACCUUUAUGGACUACAAAUGCAAUAUCUGCAGUAACAUCUGAAAAGAGCAUUGACAAAGAUAGGUUAGAAAUGGCUACAGUGAGCAAUCCAAAAAUAACAACAUCAAAGUUUUUAUUCACCAUAACAAGUCCAGAUUAUUCCGAAAAUUUGCCACAUUCAACACUCAACUAUAGUAGUCAGAAACCAAACAAUCUAAGCAUCUUAAAAACAACAAUUCCAGAACCACCAUUGCCUACGGGUGGACAGUACUUAACAUCCAGAGAUGUAACUAGCAACCCUAUCCUGAAAUCUGCAUAUACCAUAUCUGGUAGAAUCAAAUCUGAUAGUAAUAACUUUACCACUGCCCCUAAGUCAUUAACUGCAACCCCACAAGUUGUCAUUACCAGUCCAACUGUUACCAGUAGUCCUCGUUAUGCUACAAUACCAGACAUUACAACCAAAUCAACAACUGUAAUUGCUGAUUUUGAUUAUACAACCCACAAUUACUUUACAGAUCCAGCAACUAUAGAAAAUGAGCUGCAAGUUACUACUCAAUUUGACAUCAACAACCCUGUUACUACUUCUGGUUAUUUUAACAGUCUAUCUGAAGAUGUUAUUACUGACCCACCAUCAGAAACUAGCUUUAUCAGUAGUACCCCUCCAAAUGCCAUCACUAACCCAACAACAGCAUCUUAUGAUUGUUCUGCUACACCACACAAUGUUUCUUCACAUACACUAACCACAUCUAGUCAACUUCACAUAAUAGCUCAGAGUAUUCUUAGUAAACCAAAACCUUUUGAAGAACUCUCUCCUCCAUCAAUGAAUCCAACAUCCGGAAGUUCACUGUUUACUGCUCCCAAGGAAGAAGUUCCAACACCAGUUGCACAUAUGGAGAUCACAAAUACCAUGGCUUCUUCUAAACAAUUCACACUAACAGGUAUUUCAAACUUAGAAAUAUCAGUUGCUACACCGAGCACUAAAAGAAAACUGUCUCAACCAAACAUUUUAUUUACUCCACAAACAGUCACUGGUAAUUAUGUUCUCAGUAACUUACCAACAACUUCUGGAAAAUACAACUUACCCACAUCUACAUCCGAACAUGGAUCACAAAAUUUGCUAGAUUCUGAAAAUAAAGUUUCUACUCACAGCACAAAGAUUCCACAAUAUUCAGUAACAAGAGAUGAUGUAGAAGAAGGAAAUAUUGUUAGUAUCGAUUCUUCAACAAAGUCAAGCACUAAAUUGUUCCUUUCACAAACUGACAUUGGACCCAUAUACUUUCACAGCACUCAAAAAAUAAUUUCACCAGGGAUGCUAGCUGGCUCUACCAUCAUUACCCAUCAACAGAUUCAGAUAGUGAAAGAUGUUACUCAACAGGUGCCAACACUAAGGCGUUUUGGCCGCAGAAAAUUUAACGGAAGAAGACGGAUUAUAAGGCCUGAUCGUAUUCCAAAUUUAAGAGCUCAUCAAUUUAAAUUUGGAAAACUAGACAAUAGUGAGACCAAAACGGCUCAAACCACAGUUUCUGAGAUUAGCAAAGAUGAACAGCUUUUAUUCAGCACUAUACCUUCAAGUACUUAUGUUCCAUUAUCAACUCGACAGUCUACUAUAACAACUCCAGAGACUUUGGACAAAAGAGAGACAGCUCAGGUGGCUACAAGUUUCAAAAGCAUUGAUAAUACUGAAGCAACAAUAAAUACUUAUAUCACAUCUUCCCAUUCUGCAACACAGAGAAUUCCUCAUUUCAGCUCAGUAGGGAUGUCUGCUUCGGAUAAAAUCCAGAUGGGUUUCAGACAUACACAAGAUGUGACAAUGCAGAAUCCAACAACAAUUCAGGCAACUACAACAGAUGAAUCAUUAAGAUCCACUUCUGCUCAAUCCACCCUCAAACCUCGGCCUGUGUCCAAAAUAAUUAGAAGAAAAAUUCCAUGGCAUAGAUUGUUUGGUAACAAUCCGAUAAUACAAAGGGAAAUACUUAUGAAGCUUAGAAAAAAAUCCCAGUUGACAUUUGCAAUUACUACUCCACUUCCUCCACUUCCACACUCAGCAGUUAGUAAAGGUUCUACUACCAUGGUUGUAUCAACUCUGCCUACACAUAGCAAUCUAAAGGCAAAUACUAACACACCUUUAGGAAUGACAGAGAGCACAAUACAUAGUAAUCCAAUGAGUGCUAAAGCAAUAACUGUAAAUUACCCAACUAGUGCUAAAGCCACACCCACUACUGUUCAAUUAGCAACAUCUGUGAUUCAACAGACCAGUGCUAAAACAACAGCUACUACAGUUUUACCAACCAAUGCCAAAGCGCCAAGUAAUGCCAAAGCAGCAACAACUGCCAUUUAUCCAACGAGUGCCAAAGCUGCCCCAAUAGGCAUUUAUCCAAUCAGUGCUAAAGUAGCACCAACAGUAAUUUAUCCAACCAGUCCAAGUACUGCCAUAACUGUAAUUAAUCCAACCAGUUCCAAUACUGCAAAGACUGCAACUUACUUAGCGAGUACAAUUGCUGAAACUACUUCAGAAGACUUUAGUUUUAAGUCUACAACACUAAACCCAUUGGCACCUGCAACUACUCAUAGUGUAGGAAGACACCGAUUCCUCAGAAGGAAAAGACCACGAAAAAAAAAUCUUUUCGGCACCUCAUCUACUUAUCCGGAGAAAACAACCAAUGCUCAUACCACUGCUCCAAGACCUAACCUCAUAGGUAAUACUGUUACAGCAGCACCGACAAGAUUGUUCAGUUCAGAAAAUGAUAUUCCUCUAACUACUGCGAAAAAACAUUUCUGGAGCAAUACAUCAAAGGCUCCUAAACUAUCCUUACACCCAUCAACUAUAAUGAAUGGCAUAGAUACACUUACAACUCUGUAUCUAGAAACAUCUGAUGAUAAUUACAUAGACACAUCUGACCAAGCACUAAGCAGAAAUAACCCCUUUAGGCAGGAAUUUACCACUACACAUAAAGCAAAGACAUACUCAUCAUACAAGACAGACACAAUAACUAGCACACCUUCCCCACAAUCAGUGGUCAUCGGCAGUGUGACUGAUCCAUCACCCCUAAUAAUCCCAAGCACAGCCCGACCUCAGCGUGUAUCUGAAAAGAAGAUGUCUCCUUCUAAUGUUGAAAUUCAUCCUGUUCCAAAAGCACCCCAGAGAAACGUACAUAUAAUAGCACAUGUUCCACAUGUGUUGAAGAAACCUGCACUGUAUAAUUCUACGACAGCACCCCAGAUUGGUAAGAAAACAACUGCAGAGUGGAUAGAAGAAAGCCCCUCCAACAAUACCCGCUCAAAGCCUCGCAUAGUGGGAGGUAGAGCUGCAAGUUUCACAGUACUUGCUAAUUCAGAUGCCUUUAUUCCAUGUGAGGCCACAGGAAAUCCAGCACCAACCAUACUGUGGACAAAGGUGUCUUCAGGGACUUUUGUGUCAAAGGCAAAACGGGGAAACAAGAUGGAAGUUUUUCUGAAUGGUACCCUCUCCAUUGCUAGUGUGAGUGUCCAGGACCGUGGCCAAUAUCUUUGUGUCGCUAAUAACCAGUAUGGCUCAGACCGGCUACUUGUUACACUCUCUGUCAUAACAUACCCUCCCAGGAUCAUACAGGGCAGAUUGAGAGAGAUUACAGUACACUCAGGUAAUACUGUAAGUGUAAAAUGCCAGGCAGAGGGCAGACCUUUUCCCACAAUUACUUGGAUACUGGCUAAUGAGACCAUUGCAUCUGAGAAGUCUGACAAUGACCACAAAGUGUUUGUGCAACCAGAUGGUACCCUGACAAUCAGAGAUGUGACAUUAUAUGACCGUGGGAUUUAUAAGUGUUUGGCUACUAAUAUAGCUGGAGCUGACACCUUUACAGUAAAGAUCCAAGUGAUUGCUGCUCCCCCAAUUAUUUUAGAAGACAAAAGACAGACACUUGUAGUGCAUCCUGGGGAGAAUGUUAAACUUCAUUGCACUGCAAAAGGAAAUCCUCACCCGAGAGUUUAUUGGGUAGCUUUUGAUGGGACAAAAGUUAAACCUUUGCAUUAUGUUAAUUCAAAGCUGUUCCUGUUUUCCAAUGGAACCCUCUACAUAAGACAAGUGGAUGCCACGGACAAUGGGAAUUAUGAGUGCAUAGCGACCAGCUCUACUGGCUCUGAGAGAAGAGUCGUCAGUCUCAUGGUACAGUGGAGUGAUUCCGUUCCAAAGAUUCUUCAUGCAUCUCCUAAAUACACAGAAAUGAAUUUUGGAGACAAACUGAUGCUAAACUGUAGCGCAAGUGGGGAACCAAAGCCAAAGAUAAUAUGGAGACUGCCAUCCAAAGCUGUGGUAGAUCAGUUGCACAGAAUGGGAAGUCGAAUUCAAGUAUAUCCAAAUGGUUCACUCAUUGUCCAAUUGGUAAAUGAAAAAGAUGCCGGCGACUAUUUAUGUGUAGCGAGAAAUAAAAUGGGAGAUGAUGUGAUUCUGAUGAAGGUCAGCAUAACUAUGAAACCAGCAAAGAUUGAUCAGAAACAGCACCUCACUAAGCAAGUUCCAUAUGGAAGAGAUUUCAAGGUAGAUUGCAAGGCUUCAGGAUCUCCACUGCCAGAAAUAUCCUGGAGUUUACCAGAUGGCACAUUGAUAAACAAUGUCCUUCAAGCUGACGACAGCGGUAGGCGGAGACGUAGAUAUGUCCUCUUUGACAAUGGCACAUUGUAUCUCAACAAAGUAGGGAUGUCUGAAGAAGGAGAUUAUACAUGCUAUGCUGAAAACACAUUAGGAAGGGAUGAGAUGAAAGUACAUAUUAGUGUUGUAGCAGCUGCUCCACGCAUUAAACUCAAUCCCAAGACAAAGUUUCAAGCAAGAGCUGGAGCUAAUACCGUUCUGGAUUGUGAGGCUAUUGGAGAACCAAAACCAAAAAUAUUCUGGUUGCUUCCAUCAAGUGAUAUGAUUGCAAUGUCCCAUGACCGCUAUAUAUUGCAUGAUAAUGGAUCAUUGUCAAUUACCCAAGUCAAACUACUAGAUGCUGGAGAAUACAUGUGUGUGGCACGCAAUCCGGCAGGAGAUGACACAAAACUCCUCAAAUUAGAUGUUCAUUCAACACCUCCUGUUAUAAAUGGUUUAUAUACAAAUAAGACAAUAAUCAAGGAUUCUGCCUUAAAGCACUCUAGAAAAUUAAUUCAUUGUAGUGCUGAAGGGACACCUCCUCUGCAGAUAAUGUGGAUCAUGCCUGAUAACAUAUAUCUAACUGCUCCUUACCAUGGCAGUAGGAUAAUGGUACAUAAGAAUGGAACUCUGGAAAUUCGGAAUGUAAGGCCAUCAGACACAGCAGAGUUCACCUGUGUUGCUCGUAAUGAUGGCGGUGAAAGUAUGUUGGUGGUCCAGCUGGAGGUUGUUGAAGUGCUUAGAAGACCAAUGUUUAAAAAUCCAUUCAAUGAAAAGAUAAUUGCCAAACCAGGCAAAAUGGCAAUACUUAACUGCUUUGCAGAUGGCAAUCCCACUCCAGAAAUAAUAUGGCUUUUGCCAAAUGGCACAAGAUUUUUAAAUGGGCAGACGUUUACAAACUAUUAUGCAGGAAGCAAUGGAACUUUCAUUAUUCACAGUCCUUCCAAAGAUGAUACUGGCAAAUAUCGCUGUGCAGCAAGAAAUAAAGUAGGCUACAUCGAAAAGUUAAUCAUUUUGGAGGUUGGUCAGAAACCUAAUAUUCUAACACACCCAAGAGGACCAGUAAAGAAUAUAAUUGGUGAGACAUUGACUUUACAUUGUCUUUCUGAUGGAAUACCAAAGCCCAGUGUUAUCUGGACACUCCCCAGUGGAUUUAUAAUAGACAGGCCUCAUGUUAAUGGGAAAUACAUGUUACUUGAGAAUGGCACAUUGGUAAUUCAAGAAACCACCAUUCAUGAUCGAGGAAACUAUUUGUGUAAAGCCAAAAAUAAUGCAGGGGAGGCAUCUAUUAGUGUACCUGUUAUGGUUGUAGCCUAUCCUCCAAGGAUUACAAAUAGACCACCACAUACCAUUCAUACAAGAGCAGGAUCUCCUGUGCAUUUCAACUGCAUGGCCAUUGGAAUUCCAAAACCAGAGAUAACAUGGGAGUUACCUGACUUAUCAAUAUUAACAGCAGCUAGUAAAGGGCGCACUAUGGGCACUGAGCUUCUUCAUCCAUCAGGAACGUUAGUUUUGCAGAAUCCGGAAAGUUCAGACUCUGGGAUGUACAGAUGUACUGCUAAGAACACCCUUGGUACGGACAGCAGCACAACAUAUUUAAAAGUCAUCUAAACAAAGAAUGUAUCAAAGAAGUAAACACUACAGUAUACAGUAUAUCUAUGCAUCUGAAAAGAAGUUAAAAGGCAAUAGAGACCAUAAGUGUACAGAUUUGCAUCCUGAAGUUGGAGUGUUAUCACCAACUGCACAAAGAGAACUUUUACUUAAGGCACCUUUCUAUGACACCCUCUGCAACAAUUAAACUGCGGAAACAGAGGCGCGUUCCAUAUAUAAAUAUAUAUAUAUAUAUAUAUAUGUAUAAAUAGAAAUGGAUUCUCGU